AUGGCUGAAGUUAUCAAUAAAGACCUUGUGAAGGAGAGAAGAAAAUGUACAUUCAAUACUGAAGAACUCACUCAUGUUAUUGAUUGUGGAGAAGAUAAGACUCAAGAUAGACGGAAUAUCGAGAAGCUCGUAUUAAGUGUAAAAGAGUUAAAAGAUGAGGUGCCAGAAGAAUACAUGAGUUACAAAGAAAAAUAUGAGAACGUGAUCCGAAAGAGUUGCAUAAUGUAUGAGUUGUUUCAUAACUUGAAAAAUACCAAUCUUCAUGAAAUGGAGUAUACGCCAACAAACAAAUUUAGGGUCAUUCAAGGGAUUGCACCGAAUGUAGAUCCAUUUUUAAUUCAUUUCGUAUUGUUCUUACCUAACAUUGUGAGUCAGGGAACAACUGAACAGAAGGCUGAAUGGACGAAACAAGGUUUUAAAAUUCUCGGCACGUAUGCACAGACAGAACUCGGUCACGGUACAUUUGUAAGAGGUUUAGAAACAACUGCAACGUUUGAUGUCGAUACGGAUGAGUUUAUAGUUAACAGCCCAACAAUCACAUCUUACAAAUUUUGGCCCGGCGGUUUGGGUCACACAGUGAACACGUGUAUCGUAAUGGCACAGCUCUACAUCCAUGGCAAAUGUCAUGGCCCUCACUUAUUCGUUGUUCAAAUAAGAGAUUUUGACACUCAUGAACCUCUGCCGGGCAUCAAAGUGGGAGAUAUUGGACCAAAGAUGGGGUAUAAUACAGUUAAUAAUGGUUUUCUAGGAUUUACAAAUUUUAGGAUACCCAGAAAGAACAUGUUGAUGAAAAAUGCUCAAGUUUCAAGAGAUGGCACUUACGUUAGAAAUAAUACUGAAAAAUUAAUAUACGGAUCAAUGUUAUUGGUUAGAACGCAAAUAUUAAAUAAUGUAGCGUUCCACGUAUCCGUCGCUUCUACUAUAGCGAUACGAUACUCUGCAGUCAGACACCAGUCACAGUUGAAGAGAGGUGAACCAGAAGUCCAAGUGUUGGAUUAUGCAACCCAACAACAUAAGCUUUUUAUAUCGGUUGCAUCAAGCCACGCCUACAGGCACGUGGGGCUAUGGAUGUGGGAAAAUUAUAAUAUAAUCAUAAACGAGGUUACAAAAGGAAAUUUGGAACGUCUAUCUGAGUUGCACGCGUUAUCAUGUUGUUUGAAGGCAGUUGUUUCUCGAGAUGGGGUAAACAUUGUCGAAGAGUGUCGCUUUGCUUGUGGAGGUCACGGCUACUUACUCUCAUCUAACUUGCCAGGUGUCCGCAGUAAUUUAGCAGCUAUAGUCACUUACGAAGGAGAAUAUACAAUUCUUUUAUUGCAAACUGCCAGGUACCUAAUGAAAUGUUAUAAUAACGCCGUGCAUGGUAAAACUUUGCCAGCUUCUAUAGCCUUCUUGGAGGAUUUUUGUAACAAAAGAUAUAAGAUGUGGACAAGUUCUCCUGAAGGAAUUAUUCAAGGUUUCAAUAGCGUAGCUGCGGGAAGGACAAAAGAAGCGUACGACGCGAUUCAAAGACACGUAGCAAAUGGAAAAGACUUCGAAGACGCUGGAAAUUUAUCUUCAGUAUUGCUUUCAAACGCCAGUGAGGCAUACGCGCGUUCCCUAUUAUGUAAUGUGUAUUGGAAUGAAACUCAAAAGCUAUUAAGUAAAGUGUCCACCGAAUUAGGCGUGGUUUUACAGCAACUUGCUGAACUAUACCUCGUGUACUGGGCUUUGGAAAAACGAGGAGAUCUCUUGAUGUAUUCUACACUAUCAAAGGAGGAUAUCGACAAGUUAUAUCUACGAUACGAAGAGUUGCUUGGUUUGAUCAGACCCAAUGCGGUGGGUCUCGUCGAUGCCUUCGAUAUACGAGACGAGAUUCUAUGCUCUACACUGGGGUCUUACGACGGUCGCGUGUACGAGCGGCUCAUGGAAGCAGCGGCCAAGAACCCUCUCAAUGCAGACACCGUCAACCAGAGCUUUCACAAAUACGUGAAGCCGUUUAAGUUAAGAAAUAAAAUG